UUGUUGUUGGUUUAUGCCAAGCUAUAGCUAUAUAAAAUAAAAUAAAACAAGAACAAGAAAUAUCAGCAAAACAGCUUUGGCAAAGCAUGAUGAUAAGUAGUUAAGCAGAUUCGAAGAAACAGCAUUUCUGGCAAUCGCCUUUCCUCUGAAAAAAGCAUUCUGAAUAAUAAAGGAAGGUCCUGCCUUCCAUUCUAUAUGGUGUAGGAUUCCUUCAUCUGAGCAGGCAGGGAUAGAAUCCAUUCUUGAUCCUCGACAGGGUUUGAAGCAAUCGCUUUUACAGAAUUGAGAUGGAUGGAUUAAGAGGUUAAAUGUGGAAGGGGGUGAGGUGGGGUUUUCUUUGUGUGAAAUAAUUGUGUAUGGAAACGCGCAGCCGCAAGCGGGCGGAGGCCUCAGCCCCUCCUCACUCUUCCUCUCGCCGCGCUUCCAAACGAGCUCGCCUCUGCGUUUCUUCUUCAAUAUCAACGACUACGCCAUCUCACCCUCAAUCUCGAUCUCAAUCGCAGUUUCGAACAAAUUCUCGUAGGCAGGAAGGCAUGGAUUCAUCUUCGGCGUCUGCUUCUGCCUCCCGUCGGGACUCGGGCGGAAAGAAUUGGAAUUACGGCGACAGUAAGCGAGAGAGGGAUUCAGGCGACAAGGGCAAAGAAAAGGAGAGGGAGAGGGAAAGGGAGAGGGAGAGAGAGAGGGAGAGGGAGAGGGUAAGGGAGGCAAUGGAGGAAGAGGAGAAUGAGGAGGAGGAGGAGAACGGUGGCGGGAGUAAUAACAGCAACAGCAUACUGCAUCAGAAUCUGACGUCAGCAAGCAGUGCGUUGCAGGGCUUGCUGAGGAAGUUGGGGGCGGGGCUGGAUGAUCUGUUGCCUGGAGGUUCACAUGGAGGAAGCGGGGGAGGCUCAGGCUCUCAUGGCCGCGUGAAGAGGAUUCUGUCGGGACUACGGGCUGACGGGGAAGAGGGGCGGCAGGUGGAGGCUCUCAGCCAGCUAUGUGAGAUGGUGUCGAUAGGUACGGAGGAGUCGCUCAGUAGCCUGGCGGUGGAUGCAUUCGUGCCUGUGCUGGUGGGCUUGGUCAACCAUGAGACCAACGCAGACAUAAUGUUACUUGCCGCAAGGGCUUUGACUCAUCUCUGUGAUGUACUACCUUCCUCAUGCGCUGCGGUAGUGCAUUAUGGAGCUGUUCCCUCUUUUUGUGCCCGCUUGCUCACCAUCGAGUACAUGGAUCUGGCAGAACAGUCCUUGCAAGCGCUGGAGAAGAUUUCUCAUGAACACCCAACUGCUUGUCUCCGCGCAGGGGCCCUUAUGGCAGUGCUGUCAUACCUUGAUUUCUUCUCUACUGGUGUUCAGAGGGUAGCAUUGUCAACGGCAGCCAACAUGUGCAAGAAACUACCAUCAGAUGCAGCCGAUUUUGUGAUGGAAGCUGUCCCCUUGCUUACAAAUCUUCUUCAUUAUCAUGAUUCCAAGGUGUUAGAACAUGCAUCUGUUUGCUUGACUCGAAUUGCAGAAUCCUUUGCAUCUUCUCCUGAGAAACUGGAUGAGCUUUGCAAUCAUGGCUUAGUUGCACAGACUACAAGGCUUGUAUCAGUCAGUAGUUCAGGUGGUGCUCAGGCAUCACUUAGCACUCCAACUUAUACGGGUCUGAUUAGACUUCUUUCAACAUGUGCUAGUGGUUCAACGUUAGCAACAAAAACCCUUCUAGUCCUUGGCAUCAGUAGUAUUCUUAAAGAUAUCCUUGCUGGUUCUGGUAGUAUUUCCAGCAUUUCUGUUUCUCCAGCUCUAAACAGGCCCCCUGAACAGAUGUAUGAAAUUGUUUCCUUAGUGAACGAACUUCUUCCACUUUUGCCCCAAGGAACCAUCUCUCUCCCCACUAGUUGUGGAAUAAAAUCAAAAGUUUCAUUGGGAAAGCAGACUUUUGGAAGCAAUUCUACAAAACAAGAAGAUAUAAAUGGAAACAUUCCGGAGAUAUCUUCUCGGGAAAAACUAUUCCAUGAUCAACCAGAGCUUCUGCAACAGUUUGGAAUGGAUCUAUUUCCUGUUCUAGUACAGGUCUAUGGCUCGAGUGUGAAUGCCCCUGUUCGGCACAUGUGUCUCUCUGUUAUCAGUAAAUUGAUGUAUUUUAGUACUUCUGACAUGCUGCAGUCUUUGCUUCGAGUGACAAAUAUUUCAAGCUUUCUAGCUGGAAUUCUUGCUUGGAAAGAUCCACAGGUCUUGGUACCUGCUUUGCAGAUGGCAGAGGUUCUCAUGCAAAAACUGCCUGAUACAUUUUCCAAAAUGUUUGUUAGAGAAGGUGUUGUUCAUGCUGUAGAUACACUAAUACUAUCAAAUCAACCCAGUACAAUUUCAAUGCAUACAGGGAAGGAUCAAGAUCGUUUAACAGGGGCAAUGGCAAAGCAUAGACGUAACAAGCGGCCAAGUGGUGGAUCAAACAGUGAGAUGAAUGGAAUUGAAGAGCCGAAAGUUUCAGCAACUGCUGGGGAUGCAUCAAUUCCAACCUUUAAUACCGGUCUCCGUGCAGCUGUUAGUGCUCAUGCUAAACGUUUCAAAGAUAAAUAUUUCCCUGCUGUUUCAGGUCCUGCUGAUGCAGGAGUUACAGAGAGACUGUGUAUUUUAAAAACCCUAUGCAUGAAGUUAAAUGGCAAUUUGCUGGAUUCAAAGAGGAAGUCAAAAGGCAAGGGUAAAGCUGUUGGGCAUAUUUCAGCUUCUAAUGAUGAGCAAUGUUUGAAUGUUAUAGUUGACAUACUUGAGCAACUUAGCAAAGGUGACGGUGUAUCAACUUUUGAAUUUAUCGGUAGUGGGGUUGUAGAGUCGUUACUGAACUAUUUUUCAUGUACUACAUUAUCUAGAGAAGGCAUGCUAGAGGCAGAUUUUAUGAAGCUUCAUCAGCAGGCAUUAAGAAGAUUCACAUUGUUUGUUGAAGUGGCUCUUCCUUUAAAUAAUGAAGGAAAAGAAGCUCCUAUGAAAUUCUUAGUAAACAAACUACAAGAUGCAUUAGCUUCCUUAGAACGUUUUCCUGUUAUCUUAAGCCAUGCUCCAAGAUCAGCUAGUGGAAAUGCUAGUGUUGCAGCAGGACUUAGUGCAUUAUCUCAGCCUUUCAAACUGCGGCUUUGUAGAGCACAAGGCGAAAAGUGUCUUCGUGAUUAUUCAUCCAAUGUUAUUCUCAUUGAUCCUUUAGCUAAUUUGGCUGCUGUUGAAGAAUUUCUUUGGCCUAGAAUUCAGCGAAGUGAGUCUUUGCAGAAAUCUUCAUCAGCAAUUGGCACUUUUGAUAGUGUUGCAGGUAUGCCUGGCACAGAAGGAACAUCGUGCCCAUCUAAAUUAGCUUCAGCUGCAUCUGAUCGCCGUCCAACAACAAGGUCUAGGUCUUUGGUGGGAGUUGGUACUGCUGCUGGCAAAGAAUUGGAUGAUGCCCAUGCUAGCUUAUCAAAAGGAAAGGGAAAAGCUGUAUUGAAAUGUGUACCGAGUGAGUCAAGGUGUUCACAGACAAGAAUUACUACGCAUAGAAAAGUAGCUUCUGAUAGGGAGCCACAAAUGAAGCAAACACUGGGUAAUUCAGGAUCUGAGGAUGAGGACCUUGAUGUCUCCCCUAUUGACAUCGAUGAGGCAUUAGUUAUAGAAGAUGAUGACAUUUCUGAUGAUGGAGAUGAACAACAUGAGGUAUAUGGAGAAGAGCCAGUUCCUGUUUGUGUGCCAGAGAGAGUUCAUGAUGUGAAACUUGGAGAUGCCGUGGAAGAGGAUUCUCAAACAUCUUCAAGAGGAAAAAUUCAAUCACAUGUAUGUACUGGAUCUGGGAGCAGAUCAACCAAUUUAAUGAGAAAUGAAUCUACUGAUCUCAAAACUGGUAACUCUUUAUGCACAAAAGCAUCAUCUUUUACGGCAGCUACCAUGGCUGGACCUGCUUCUUCCGGUGGUAGAGGUGGAAUGGGGAGUAGAGACUAUGGCUCUUUAUCUAUGGUUAACUGUACAAAUGAUCCUCCCAGACUGAGCUUCUUGUCAUGUGGGAAGCAACUUAAGAGGUCUUUAACAAUAUAUCAAGCGAUCCAACGCCAAGCAGUAGCAGAUGAAGAUGAUGAUGAAAGAUAUACUGGAUUAGAUAAUGCCCCUGGUGAGGGUCGAAGGCUUUGGGAUGAGAUUUACACUAUUACAUAUAAAAGGGCAGAUUUCCAAUUUGAGAGAGAUUUCACAGGCUCUUCCUCAUUUAAGACUUCUAAGAAUGCUACUACUAGCAGUUCCAGCUCUGAGACUUCGUGGCAACAGGCAUCACUCUUGGAUAGCAUUAUGCAAGGAGAGCUUCCAUGUGAUCUAGAAAAAUCAAAUUCCACCUAUAAUAUUUUGUUGCUACUACGAGUUUUGGAAGGUCUUAACUGUUUGGCACCUCGUUUAAGGGUUGGAGCAGUAUUAGAUGCCUUUGCAGAAGGGAAAAUAUCUACAUUUGAUGAAUUAAGAGUUGUAGGCCCCAUUGUUCCACAAGAAGAAUUUUUAAGCAGCAAGUUAACUUCAAAAUUAUCACGUCAAAUUCAAGAUGCACUGGCAUUAUGCAGUGGUAGUCUGCCUUCAUGGUGUCACCAACUGACCAAAGCCUGCCCCUUCCUUUUUCCAUUUGAGACUAGAAGGCAGUAUUUUCAUUCAACUGCUUUUGGAUUGUCUCGUGCUCUGCAGCGCUUACAACAGCAGCAGACUGCUGAUAAUCCAAAUCUAGUUGGUGAAAGAGAAUUGCGUGUUGGCAGGUUGCAGCGCCAAAAAGUUCGUGUCUCAAGAAGUCGUAUAUUGGAUUCUGCAGCAAAGGUAAUGGAAAUGUAUUCUAGUCAGAAGGCUGUUCUUGAAGUGGAAUAUUUUGGUGAGGUGGGUACAGGUCUUGGUCCGACCUUAGAGUUCUACACUCUUUUGAGCCAUGAGUUACAAAGGAGUGCACUUGGCAUGUGGAGGAAUUCUCCUUUUGGGUCCACUAAAAGCAGAGACAUUGAGAAGCCAGUUGAAAUAACUGGUUCAUCUACAUCUGUUAAGAAAAUCAACCAUGAUUGUGACGAUGGAAAUGGAGAGUUUAUCCAAGCACCUCUUGGUUUAUUUCCUUGUCCAUGGCCAUCUAAUGCAGAUUCUUCCAGUGGAACCCGGUUUUCUAAAGUGAUAGAUUAUUUUCGUUUACUUGGACGGGUAAUGGCAAAAGCUCUACAGGAUGGUCGACUACUGGAUUUACCCCUCUCACCAGCCUUCUAUAAACUAGUCCUUGGACAGGAACUUGAUUUAUAUGAUAUUAUGUCUUUCGAUACCGAGCUUGGAAGAACAUUGCAAGAAAUGCAAGCACUUGUAUACAGGAAGCAGUUCUUGGAAUCGAUGGCAGGUGAUAAUAGCAAAGAAGUAUCUGAACUACGUUUUGGUGGUGCUAAAAUUGAAGACCUCUGCCUUGAUUUUACACUUCCCGGAUAUCCUGAAUAUCGUCUUAAAACAGGGGAGAGUGAUACUAUGGUAGAUAUGGAUAAUUUGAAAGAGUAUGUUGAGUUGGUGGUAGAUGCAUUUGUUAAAACGGGCAUUGUGCCACAAAUGGAGGCAUUUCGUGCUGGAUUCAACCAGGUCUUCCCUCUUUCAUUUUUGCAGAUAUUUACUGCAAGUGAGCUAGAUUAUCUUCUUUGUGGUCGGCGUGAGCUAUGGGUGGCAGAAACACUUGUUGAUCACAUCAAAUUUGAUCAUGGAUAUACAGCUAAGAGCCCUCCCAUUAUCAAUCUUCUUCAAAUAAUGGGAGAGUUUACUCCUGAACAGCAACGAGCAUUCUGCCAGUUUGUGACUGGGGCUCCGAGACUUCCUCCUGGAGGCCUAGCUGUACUGAAACCAAAGUUGACAAUAGUUAGGAAGCAUUCAAUGGCAAAUGGAGUGGCAAAUGGAAAUGCAUCUGUAGAAGCAGCUGAUGGAGACUUGCCGAGUGUUAUGACUUGUGCUAACUACCUUAAACUUCCUCCCUACUCAAGCAAGGAAGUGAUGCGGGAUAGAUUACUUUAUGCAAUACAGGAGGGACAAGGAUCUUUUGACCUAUCCUGAGUUUAUUUUAUUGCACAUCCUGAAGUUAUUUUAUCGCACAUGUUGCAUGUUAAUUUCACCAAACAGCAACGCAUGCAAUGACUCUGUAUAAAGUCAGCCCAAUGUCACAUGCUGGUGACACCUCCUGGGAAUUGCAUUUCGAGGAUAUAUUUUUUUGUCCUUAAACAGAAUAAAGCUGACAAAUAUGAAAUUUACAGGGCAAUGUUGGUGAGCUUUUCCUGAAGAAGAUUGGUUCUGGGUCUUGCACCCUUUCACAAAACCAGUUUUCAUUUGCACAGGCUACGUUAUAAAUCAAGGUACAAAUUCAUACCAGAAGGGCACUUGAGGCUGCUACUCAUUUGCAUAAUUUUGAAGUAUGUGUACAUCCUGUCUCUACAAUGUUGCAGCUGGAAACUGGAAAAAUUCUGCUGCUGCUAUGGCUUAUGCGUUGUGUAUAAUUCUCUAGGCUGUAACUUACUAGGGAAGGUGCUUAAGUUGUCUCCUUUUCCUGUAAGUUUUCUGACAAGAUUGUUUGAGGCGGAGGAAUUUCCUCGUGCAAUUUAAAGAUUAUCCAGCUCUCUUUAUGUACUAGAAGCUGCAUUUUCUGGUGUAUGCUUUAAGAUAUUUUAAUCUGUUUCAUGUUAUUUCAGUUAUUUCAAUCAGGGCCAAGGGAUGAUGUUGAAGUAUUUAUUUGUGCAGCCUUAGCCAUGAUUUUUUUAGAGGCAUGAAGACCUUUGCAUUGCAAGGGCAAGUAUAGUCUAAAUGACAUAAUAACUUGGAGCAAAUGGACUUUUAAGUUAUUCACCCAUCUGAAGUAACAUAUGCUGCAUGGGUGAUAGUUUUGUUCCAGAGCAUCAACAUGAUAUAAAACUACUAGUUUACCCUUUCA